CCAGCUUAUUCUUUGACCUAUUGUCGGCUGGUCAAAUCCAAUUAGGUCACGGGCUUCCCAUUGCCCAGAAUACGCGAUUUGGCUGGGUGAUUUCUGGACGCGGUGAACUAUCACGGGAUGUGUCGUCGCUCUAUGCUAGGAAAGACAACCCAAGGAAUACCCACUGGAAUGAUGUGACUGCUGCCCCUUCCAACAGUGUUAUUGAAGGCCCACCCUUCAAUGGGGGGAGGAUGUUGGGCCAAGCAGCCACCAAAAGGUGCAUUUAAAAUAAUCAUAAAAUGCUAAGCUGCAGCUGUUGUUAUCAGCAUGUUUUCGUCUCUGUUUUGUCUCCCAGUUUCGCAUGCGCUUUAUUGUUAUUUGUAGCGUAUGCGCUUUGGGGAGCUUUGGUUGAGCUUCUGCGCAAGCUCUUAGGUUUUUAUGACUUGUAUAUUCGGUUUUGUUGGGAUCGGCCGCUGCCGUUGUUUUGGGGUUAAAUUGACCCAAUAAAAUAAUUGAAAUUGAAUUGUGGAUUCUUUAUUAAUUCGGUAGCUAUCAAAACGCUGAUAGCUCAACAAAUGCGUUGCCGGUGAAUGGCGAUCUUACGAUUAUAUAUCUUCUAAAUUAAAGAUAUAUCGCACAAUAAACAUUGCAGUAUAGGAGUAACAUAAUAUCAGAUCGUCUCUGGAUCGAAUAAACAUUGAAAUUUACUUUUAUUUCCAAUGAGUUUACUUCCUGAAACCAUGUUGAAGAGGAAAAAAAUAUAUGUGGCAUGUCUCUCCGGACUGGGACUGCUAGUUCUUUUAUCUUUGUACAAGACAGGCAGCGUGAAGACAACUUCAUCUGGAGCUCAGGAUUGUUUUUUCUGUGACUUUGCUCACCAUAAACAAGGACCUCCACCGAUCCUGGAGGUGGAGACCAAUGAGUUCGUUAUAUUUAAGGACAAGUAUCCGGCGGCCAAGUAUCACUACCUGGCCAUACCCAAGGAGCACCUGGAUAGCUUCAGUGUCUUGAAUAAAUCGCAUGUGGGACUUGUUCGGCGAAUGGAAUCUGGCAUGAAGGAGUUUCUAAAAUCGAAAAAGGUCGAUCCAGAAAAGGCUAUUAUUGGGUUCCAUAUUCCGCCAUUCAUCUCGGUGAAGCACCUCCACCUUCAUGCUAUCUAUCCGCCUUCCGAUAUGGGGUUGGGAAAUAAAAUCAGUUUUAUGUCUUCAUAUUGGUUUAAAAAUUCCAACGAUGCCUUACGUGAAUUGGAGAAGCGGGAACUGUGAUUGUCUUCGAAAAAUAUACAAAGGUUGUGAUUAUUUUUGUAAAAAUAUAAAUGAAUGUUUCCCUUGGAGUCCCCUGAACCAGUUACCUGAACCAUUUUGCAUUAAAGCUGAAUAUAGACUGUUAACCAGUGAUAAACCUGGCUAGGAUAAAUAGGA